AUAUAAACAGAGAUUGUGAGAAAUUUGCAACUAGUAGUGAUAAUGGCUGAUAUUAUCAUUUCAAUCGUGGCAAAUAGAGUUGCAGCUAUCAUAGAGGAUGAGAUUCGCUACCAAGUAAAUUUGGUGAGAGGCGUUGAGGAGGAGCUUCUAGAUCUUUCUGAGAAGCUCAAUACGAUCAAAACCGUAUUGGAAGAUGCAGAAAAGAGAGGAGUGAAGGAUGAAAGCGUCAAAAAUUGGUUGAAGAAGCUCGAAGAUACGGCCUAUGAUGUGGACGGCAUUUUGGAUGAAUGGAACUAUGCUCUUCUCAAACAUAAGAUGGCUGGAGAUGCUGCUCUUGCUUCUGCUGAGCAAAAGGUAUGCUGCUCCCACACCCCAUCUUCAUGUUUAUGUUUCAACAAAGUUGUUGCUCGUCGUGAUACUGCCAAAAAAAUACAAAAUGUGAAGGCUAAACUUGACGAGAUUUUGAGGGAGAAAGAUGAUUUUAAUUUUGUUAUGCAUCUGCCUUCAAUUGAUCAUAUGCCUAAAUCUGGGCGAGUUCAAACCACAUCUUCGAUUGAACUCGAGAAAGUUAUUGGGGAGGACAUAGAGAGGAAUAAGAAUGAUAUACAGAGGAAGUUGAUGCUUAAUGGUGAUUCCCAAAUUCUAUCCAUAGUUGGGAUGGGCGGAAUUGGAAAGUCAACUCUUGCUCAGCUUGUAUUUAACGAUAUUCAAACUCAAGUCAUGGAAGAUGGCUUUGAAUUAAGAAUUUGGAUAUGUGUUUCCGAUCCCUUUGAUGUGGCUGCAAUUGCAAGAGGAAUUGUUGAGAGUGUGGGAAUAGAAACCAUUCCUCCAAAUACCAAUCAAUUGGAAUUGGUACUACAAAAGCUUAGAGAUUGUAUUUCAGAUAAGAAGUUCCUUCUUGUCCUUGAUGAUGUUUGGACACAAGACUACAACAAAUGGGAACCCCUCAAAAUCAAUCUCAAAUAUGGUGCACCAGGUAGUAAGAUUUUGGUGACAACGAGAAAUGAAAGGGUAGCUAAGAUGAUGGGCACUUUCGACGACGACAUCUACCGCCCACAAGAGCUAAGUGAUGAAGAGUGUUGGUCAUUAAUGCGUCGCAUAUUCCUUUCAGGAAGGAGUGAGGAGGAAUGUAGAGAUUUUGAGGAUGUUGGGAAGAAAAUAGCUAAGAAAUGCAAGGGAUUGCCUCUUGCUGCAAAUGUUUUGGGAAGUCUUUUGCAAUUCAAGACAAAUUUGGAAGAGUGGGAAAAUAUAUUGGAGAGUGAAAUAUGGCAACUGAAGGAGGCAGAAUUGGAGCUUUUUCCUCAUUUGCUUUUAAGCUACAAUGAAUUGUCCCCAGCUCUUAAGCGUUGUUUUUCAUAUUGUGCCGUCUAUCCUAAAGAUUCCAAAAUUAAUGUUGAGAGUAUGAUAGAACAAUGGAUGGCACUAGGUUAUUUGGGGUCUGUUACUGGAAAUACGGUGGAACUUACAGGGAGAGAUCACUUCAACAAUUUGGCAAUGCGUUGUUUGUUUCAAGACUUUGAGAAAAGUGGUGAGUUGGGGGAGCAUGUAGAAUGGUGUAAAAUGCAUGAUAUAGUACAUGAUUUUGCUCAAUUUCUUAUGAAGAAGAAUGAGAGAGCUGAAAUGAGAAAGAGAUGUUGCCAAGUUUGUGAUCCUUUUUUGGUUUCUCAGGUCAAGGGAAAUCGUAGUUUAUCCUGGGACAAGAGAACUCCUCGUGAUCUUUGUGAUUGUCUUACAAGUGUUAGGGUGUUUAGAUCGAAUGAGGUACUGCAUCGUCCUCCCCCACAAGGAAUGAAAAAGUUGAUUCAAUUAAGAUGGUUGGAUUUAAGCCAUGGUAUAUUGUCCCAGGAAGACCUCAAAAGCUUAUGUAAGCUUUAUUUCUUGCAGACUCUCUUAUUAGCAGACUGCUGGCUAGAAGAGAUUACGGCUGAAAUUGAGAAUUUGGUCCACUUGAGACAUCUUGACUUAAGUGACAACAAAAGAUUGAAGGAGUUACCAGAGAGCAUGUGUAGUUUGCCUGAAUUGCAAAUCUUGAAUAUUGAAGGCUGCAAAGAUCUCUAUAGACUUCCCGAAGAGAUCCAUAGGCUCCAAAACCUCCAACACCUUCUUAUAAAGGUCAUUCCUGCAAGCUAUUGUUUCCCUGAAGGAGUAGGUCAGCUGCGUGGUAUCCGCACAUUGAAAUUGGAUUGGUUCCAUGGAGGAAGUGUUUAUAACAACAAGUUGGGAUUGUUGAAAAACUUAAACCGUCUCACUGGAUCUCUGAAACUGAAUAUCCACUUCACUAGUAUGAGUGAUUUGGAAGAGCUGGUUGCGGAUGCUGGAGAAGCUGAAUUAAGGAACAAGAUACACAUUCAUACACUCCAUUUUCAUUUCGAAGAUGAUAUGGAUGAAAGCGAGCGGUCAUCAUCAUCAGCAGCAGCAGCAUCGCCAUUAUGGUUGGAGGUAAUAGAAGCUCUGGAGCCUUAUCACAAGCUGAAUCUUCUUAAAAUCUGGGGAUAUAAGGGGUCCAGACUUCCGCAUUGGAUGUCAUCACCCCUCAACUUAGUAAAACAGAUUUAUCUCUUUGGAUUCAAUGAGGUGCGUUCGUUGCCACCUAUGGGAAAACUACCUUUCUUGGAAGUUCUCUAUCUGAAGAGAAUGAAGGAAUUGAAGGUGGUGGGACGGGAGUUUUUGGGGAUAGAAUCUUCAUCUUCUUCAUCAACGUCUGGUCAUGUUGUUGCCUUUCCUCAACUCAAGCGACUGGAAUUCUAUAACUGCCAUGAAUGGGAAGAGUGGGAGGACAUAACGGCCGAAGAUGAAGAAUCUGCUGAUGUCUCCGUCAUGCCAUGUCUCACGCGUUUGUGUAUCAAUUGGUGUGAGGCUUUGAAGAAGCUGCCGCAUCGCCUCCUACGUAAGGCUUCCUCUUUGCGAUUCUUGAAUCACUACCAAUCAUCGGAGCUAGUAAAAAGAUACAGCGACAAGGAAGGUUCGGCUUGGAGAUCUCUAUCCCAAUAUAAUCCCAAACUUCGUAUCUCGUCUCUCGUCUGACUAAUGCAAAUUUAUGUGUUGCUUUUCUUUCCAAAUGUUGUUUUCUAUUGUCCCCUCUACAACUCUUUUUAUGAUUAUGUUUCCACUACACAGAAAUGUAAAUUGUGGGAUUUCAACAUCCCAAAAUUCAGAAAUGUAAUUACUGUGUUUUGUGA